CAUGGUGAACACCCGGAAGAGCUCUCUGCGCCUUCUCGGGUCCAAGUCUCCUGGGCCCGGGCCUGGGCCUGGGGCCGGAGCAGAGCCUGGGGCGACUGGAGGCAGCAGCCAUUUCAUCUCCUCUCGGACCCGCUCCUCCAAGACCCGCGCUGCCAGCUGCCCCGCCGCCAAGGCCGGGGGAAGCGGUGGCACCGGCGUCGCUCUGGAUGAGGCCCGGAAAGCUGAAGUUGAUGGUAGUUUAAGUGAUAGCCACGUAUCUCCUCCAGCCAAACGCACUUUGAAACAACCCGAUUCUGUUUGCAAAGACAAAUCAAAAUCACGAAAUACUGGUCAGCGAGAGGAAUGGAACAUAUCAGCUGGACAGGCCAGGUUAACUUCUCAGCCUGGUGCUACAUUACCAAACGGACAUAGUAGCUUAUCUCUUCGAAACCAUCCCCUUCGAGGGGAAAAGAAGGGAGAUGGGGACCUUUCUUGUAUGAAUGGUGACAUGGAAGUCAGAAAAAGUUGUCGAUCCAGGAAAAACAGAUUUGAAAGUGUGAACCAGAGUUUGUUAUUUGAUCAACUAGUAAAUAGUACUGCGGAAGCUGUGUUACAGGAAAUGGACAACAUCAACAUCCGGCGGAAUCGUCGAUCCGGAGAAGUAGAACGACUUCGAAUGUGGACAGAUACAGAAUUUGAAAACAUGGAUAUGUAUUCAAGAGUGAAAAGACGAAGAAAGUCACUGAGAAGAAAUAGUUAUGGGAUACAAAAUCAUCACGAAGUUUCUACAGAGGGUGAAGAAGAAGAAUCUCAAGAGGAGGAUGGAGAUAUAGAAGUUGAAGAGGCAGAAGGAGAAGAAAAUGAUAGGCCGUAUAACUUGAGACAAAGGAAAACAGUGGAUCGAUAUCAAGCUCCUCCAAUAGUACCAGCUCAUCAAAAAAAGAGGGAAAACACAUUGUUUGAUAUUCAUAGAUCUCCAGCAAGAAGAAGCCAUAUUAGGAGAAAGAAGCAUGCCAUUCAUAGUAGUGACACUACUUCUUCUGAUGAAGAACGCUUUGAAAGAAGGAAAUCAAAGAGCAUGGCAAGAGCAAGAAACAGAUGUUUGCCUAUGAACUUAAGAACAGAAGACUUAGCUAGUGGUAUUCUCCGAGAACGGGUGAAAGUAGGUGCAAGCUUGGCUGAUGUUGAUCCGAUGAACAUUGAUAAAUCACAGCCCAUGAUAAAAGUAGAAACUUCAGUUUACUUAAGCUUUUCCUGGGGCUGUUUAUUUUAUGGCCCUCCUGGCACUGGUAAAACCUUGGUUGCCAGAGCAUUAGCUAAUGAAUGCAGUCAAGGAGACAAAAAGGUGGCUUUUUUUAUGCGAAAAGGAGCAGAUUGUUUGAGCAAAUGGGUUGGUGAAUCUGAAAGGCAACUGAGGCUUCUUUUUGAUCAGAUUUGCCUAUUGUGCUCUAUAGUAUCAACCCUCCUUGCUCUUAUGGAUGGAUUAGAUAAUAGGGGUGAAAUUGUUGUUAUUGGUGCUACAAAUAGACUUGAUUCUAUAGAUCCUGCACUCAGGAGACCUGGUCGUUUUGACAGAGAAUUCCUUUUCAACCUGCCUGAUCAAAAGGCAAGAAAACACAUCUUACAGAUCCAUACCAGGGACUGGAAUCCAAAAUUGUCAGAUGCUUUUUUAGGUGAAUUGGCUGAAAAAUGUGUUGGCUACUGUGGAGCCGACAUCAAGGCCCUGUGCACUGAAGCUGCCCUGAUUGCCCUGCGGAGGCGUUAUCCCCAGAUCUAUGCGAGUAGUCACAAAUUGCAGCUGGAUGUUUCCUCAAUAGUGCUCAGUGCCCAGGAUUUUUACCAUGCAAUGCAGAAUAUUGUGCCUGCUUCCCAACGUGCUGUGAUGUCUUCAGGACAUGCACUAUCCCCCAUCAUAAGGCCACUGCUGGAAAGAAGCUUCAACAACAUCCUAGCAGUCUUGCAAAAAGUGUUUCCUCAUGCUGAAGUUAGUCAGAGUGACAAGAAAGAAGGGCACUCUGUAGUGCGCUGUGCUGAUUGGAGUAUAAGCUAUUGGUCACCAUAUCAUCAGCCAACCUCAUACAGGCCACGAUUAUUGCUGUCUGGAGAACGAGGCUCAGGUCAGACUUCUCACCUUGCUCCAGCAGUUUUGCACACUCUUGAAAGAUUCUCUGUGCAUAGACUAGAUCUCCCAGCACUUUAUUCAGUUAGUGCCAAAACACCUGAAGAAUCAUGUGCACAGAUUUUUCGUGAAGCUCGAAGAACAGUACCUAGUAUUGUUUACAUGCCUCACAUUGGUGAUUGGUGGGAAGCUGUCAGUGAAACUGUGAGAGCAACUUUUCUGACAUUGCUACAAGAUAUACCAUCGUUUUCACCUAUAUUUUUAUUGUCUACCUCUGAAACCAUGUACAGUGAACUGCCUGAAGAGGUUUCAGAUUAUCUUGAAGUUAUCAAGGAACCAAUGGAUUUAUCAACAGUAAUAACUAAAAUUGAUAAACAUAAUUACCUGACUGCUAAGGAUUUCCUGAAAGAUAUUGACCUCAUCUGUAGCAAUGCAUUAGAGUACAAUCCAGAUAAGGACCCAGGAGCUCUUUGUGCUAUGGAAGUGCUUCCUCUUGCACUACCUUCUCCACCUCGUCAGUUAUCAGAAUCAGAAAAAAAUCGGAUGGAGGACCAGGAGGAAAAUACUUUAAGAGAGUUGCGGUUGUUUCUCAGGGAUGUAACCAAGAGGCUGGCCACAGAUAAACGCUUUAACAUCUUCAGCAAACCGGUGGAUAUUGAAGAGAAUAAAACCGUAUAUCUUCGAGAUAAAAUCAUUCGGCACAGGGCUUGUACCCUGAAGGACACUGCACAUGCUAUUAUUGCAGCUGAAUUGGAUCCGGAAUUUAAUAAACUCUGUGAAGAAAUUAAGGAAGCAAGAAUAAAAAGAGGCUUAUCGGUAACAGCAGAACAAAUAAAUCCUCAUGGUGCUGGAGCUCGGAAGACAGAAUCUAGAGUUGAAGAGGCAUUUCGGCACAAACAAAGAAAUCCAGUGGAUGUCUGGCACAACUCUGCAAAUAAAUGUGCAUUUCGGGUCCGGAGAAAAUCAAGGCGGCGAUCACAGUGGGGUAAAGGAAUUAUUAAGAAAAGGAAAGUCAAUAAUUUUAAAAAAGAUGAAGAGGACACCAAAUUUGCAGACUAUGAGAACCAUACGGAGGACAGGAAAUUGCUAGAGAAUGGAGAGUUUGAGGUAAGCACUGACUGCCAUGAGGAAAAUGGAGAAGAGACUGGAGACUUAUCUAUGACCAAUGAUGAGUCAUCAUGUGACAUCAUGGACAUGGACCAGGGGCAGAGGCUUAACAGUGGAGCAGGCGCAAAAGAGAACUUUGCAUCUACUGAGGAGGAAAGUUCAAAUGAAUCUCUACUCGUCAACAGCAGCAGUUCCCUAAAUCCAGAACAGACGUCUAGGAAAGAGCCUUUCCUUAAAGGAAGCUGUCUAAAUGGUGAGGCUUCCACUGACAGUUUUGAUGGCAUAUCAGUUCUGGAGUGUCAGAAUGGCAAAGUUGAAGUAGUUUCUUUCUGUGAUAGUGGAGAUAAAUAUAGUUGUGAACAAAAUACUCUUCUGGAGGACCAGUCAAAAGAAAAAACAGAAACUUCAAAUGAAAAUCAUGGAGAUGAUCCUGAGAAACUAGAGGCACUGGAAUGUAGCAAUAAUGAGAAGGUAGAACCUGGUCCCGAUGUGGAGGUUAAAGAUGCAGAACUGGAUAAAGAAGGUGCUUCUAAAGUGAAGAAAUACCGUAAGUUAAUCUUAGAGCAGGCAAAAGCAACAAGCCUGGAACUGGUUCCAGAAGAGCCAUCGGAGCCUGUGCCACCUCUUGUAGUUGAUCGUGAGAGAUUGAAGAAAUUGCUUGAUUUGUUGGUAGAUAAAAGCAACAAUCUGGCAGUUGAUCAACUUGAGAGAUUAUAUUCCCUUCUUAGUCAGUGCAUCUACCGUCAUCGUAAAGAUUAUGACAAAUCACAACUUGUAGAGGAGAUGGAAAGAACAGUUCAUAUGUUUGAGACAUUCCUAUGAACUUUUCAAGAUGAGUGGUUUAUCCUCUCCAAUCUGCUCCUGACAGAGCAGCCUUCUGAGCCAUUCAAUUUCAAAUUGCACCAAUUAUGCGCAGAGCCUUGGUGUAAAGUGCUCUCUCACUCAUUCUUUUUCUCUGUUGAAUUUGGUGCUAUUGUCUCAGGUACCUGAAACCAACCAGCCUACAAGAACCAAACAGAACUUCAGAAACAUGUUGUAUUUUCCACAAAUAAAAAAUACAACCCACAGCUUGGAGAUUUUGGUGCUACAGAAACUGCUCUUGCUUCUGCUCCUCUUCUCGUGCACUCUCUUUUGGAGACUCCUUUCUUAGGGAGCAGACCAGCAAACAGGAGGAAACUGGACUGGGGCAGUUCUAACUGUGUUGAAUUGUUUAAACAGUGGGCAACCCGUUAUUUUAUUUUAUUCUUUUCCUCCUCUCUACCCUCCUAUCAUAUUCCCCCCACCCCUCCAAUCUGGGUAAUGGACUGAAACCUUUUUAGAGUUGGCCAUGGAAUAUUCUGGUGAGAAGCUAAAGAAACUGGAUGAAAUUAGAUCAGGCUCUUUAGAACAGCCUUUAAUGUGCCUUUUUAUUCGUUUGAGAAAGAUAAGGCUAAAUGGAUAGGCUUGUUUGUAGCAAAUAAAUUAGAAUACUUUCUUUGGUCACAACCUUGAAAAUAAGUUUUGAUACUCUGUGUCAUUAAGAGACAACAAGUGUUUUGGUAUUAAAUGCCUGUCUUGUUCUCAAAGGUCAAUCAAGACACUCAAUAAGCCACAUAAUAUACUAAAGUUUUCCUGUAAGGUCUGUUUUAGUUUAAGAAACGUAAUAAAACAACAACAGAUAAUACAUGGCCCACAAAAAAACCCCACACACUUUUUGGUAUUACUGACAAUGGUGACCAGAAAAUAAAUAGUGGCCAUUCUUUCUUUUGUCAGUGGCAAUUUAAUAGUUAUUCAUGUUUGAGUUCCCGGAGAAAAAUGAUUUUCAUAUGUAGUAAAUCGUUAUUGUUUUAUUUUAAAGCCAGGACUUGCCAAAUGGACAGAAAAGAGAGGAAUUUGUCAGAAGCUCCAUGAAAUUCAUUUCUUGUAUGCAUAAUUGCGAGUGAGCUCUGGUAUUGUCCUUGAAUAACAGUAUUAAUGUUUAAAUCCCUUCCCGUAAGCUUACCUUCACAACUCUUCAUUUUGAUUGGAACACAUUUUGGAUCUUGUUGAGUGAUUUCUGUGAAUUGUACUUAUCUGAAAUUAAUUAUGAGUUACUAGUUUUACAAAAACUUUCUACAAAUUUGGAGACACAGUCUAGGCAGUUGCAAAGAGGCAAUGGGAGUGCAGUGACAUUUUUUAUCAGAUGAUUUUUAAACAAAAAGGUAGAAAAUUUUGCCAACAAGUUAGCUUGAUAUCUUCAUUCAUUAUAGCCGUUAGCUGCAGGUGUGUCUUUCCAAUAUAUGCAACACAUGUAGUUUGGGUUUUAAUUAGGGCAAAUGGUCUUGGUCUUGGACUACUGCAGAGAUACUGAGCUACCUCAGCUUUUUGUAUUUUAGUUACCAACAGCGUUUACAGAGUCCUGUAAUCACUUCGCCACCGUUUACAUGCUGAAGCUAAGGUACUUGUCUCCUUGUCUCUGGCUAUUUGUAGUGUGCAGAAAGCAUACCUUGGCCAUAGGAUACUGCAGUAAUCCAAAGUGCUUCUUUGCAUUUACAUUUACAUCUAGCGCCUUCUAAUUCUAGUGUAAUUUUUUUUUAAUGCCACUUGUUUUCUUUAUACCUAGUCUAUGAAGUUUUCAUAAUAUUCAGUUAGUCGUAUAAUCCAAGAUGCUACCCAUGUAGACACACUGUAUUUUUAAGGUGGGCAAGUGCGAUUAACGAUGAACCAUUUUAAAGGGGAGGUUAUUUGAAACCUCUAAUUUGAUUAUUGGGAGGAUUUUCAUGCUUUCUUUAGUAUUUAUUACCAUCAUACCAGUUCAAACUAUUUUACUGUCUAAUACAUUAGCAUUUUGUAUUUUGAUGGAAAUUGUUACAGAAUUUAAAGAUUUGAUGAAAUAAGAUGUAGCAGAUUUUUUGUAGCAAGUUUCUGGUAAAAGGGUUUUUUGCAAGUCUCAGGUUCUUGCUGCACUAUUUUUUUUUAAAUAUUUAUUCCAGUUACUCUAAUUCAGAAGCAUUCUGUUCAAGUAACAGCAGCACUUGUGAAAGGAAAAAAAAACGCACAUGUUCUUAGUAGGUUACUAAAUUUGUACGAGUUAAUUAAGAUUUUAGCCAUCAGUAAGUUUGACAAGGGAAAUUUAUUUAUGUUCAGCGUUAAAAUGCUUCCAAAAGAUCAA